AUGCAGUCGCUCCAGUUGGAAGCUGGGAACCCCCUCCUCCAUGCUGGGCUGAGGAUGAUCGGGAAUGGGGCACGCUACUUUGGGUCUGAUAUAGUCCAAUGUAGUCAGAACAGAGCCAACCUUAAAUCCGCUGGACUCGAUGACUGUUUGCAGCAGUAUAUUAAGAACUUUGAGAGGGAGAAGAUCAGUGGAGACCAGCUGCUACGCAUUACACAUCAGGAGCUAGAAGAUCUGGGAGUCAGCCGUAUUGGCCAUCAGGAGCUGAUCUUGGAGGCAGUUGACCUUCUGUGUGCACUGAAUUAUGGCUUAGAAACAGAAAAUCUAAAAACCCUUUCUCACAAGUUGAAUGCAUCUGCCAAAAAUCUACAGAACUUCAUAACAGGAAGGAGAAGGAGUGGCCAUUAUGAUGGGAGGACCAGCCGAAAAUUACCAAAUGACUUUUUGACCUCAGUUGUGGAUCUGAUUGGAGCAGCCAAGAGUCUUCUUGCUUGGUUGGACAGGUCACCAUUUGCUGCUGUGACAGACUAUUCAGUCACAAGAAAUAACGUCAUACAGCUCUGCUUGGAAUUAACAACAAUUGUGCAGCAGGAUUGCACUGUAUAUGAAACUGAAAAUAAAAUUCUUCAUGUGUGUAAAACUCUCUCUGGGGUGUGUGACCACAUCAUAUCCCUGUCGUCAGAUCCUCUGGUUUCACAGUCUGCUCACCUGGAAGUAAUUCAGCUGGCAAAUAUCAAGCCGAGUGAAGGGCUGGGUAUGUAUAUUAAAUCCACAUAUGAUGGCCUCCAUGUAAUUACCGGAACCACAGAAAAUUCACCUGCAGAUCGGUGCAAGAAAAUCCAUGCUGGUGAUGAAGUGAUUCAAGUUAAUCAUCAGACUGUGGUGGGGUGGCAGUUGAAAAAUUUGGUGAAUGCACUACGAGAGGACCCGAGUGGUGUUAUCUUAACUUUGAAAAAGCGACCUCAGAGCAUGCUUACCUCAGCACCAGCUUUACUGAAAAAUAUGAGAUGGAAGCCCCUUGCUCUGCAGGUAAUGAAUCCCACAAGCAGCGUUGCCACGCCCUCCAGCACCAUCAGUACACCCACCAAAAGAGACAGUUCUGCUCUCCAGGAUCUCUACAUUCCCCCUCCUCCUGCAGAACCAUAUAUUCCCAGGGAUGAAAAAGGAAACCUUCCUUGUGAAGACCUCAGAGGACAUAUGGUGGGCAAGCCAGUUCAUAAGGGAUCGGAAUCCCCAAAUUCAUUUCUGGACCAGGAAUAUCGAAAGAGGUUUAACAUUGUUGAAGAAGAUACUGUCUUGUAUUGCUAUGAAUAUGAAAAGGGGCGAUCAAGUAGUCAAGGAAGACGCGAAAGCACACCAACCUAUGGUAAGAGUUCUUCUGUAUCUGCCAUGAGUUUAUAA